AUGGACGGCCGCGCAAGUGGGUUCGGCAGCAGCGGUGGCGCCUGGGCGAACAUCUUCGCCACUUUCUCCCGCACGGUCGCGCGCAACAUGACGUUCAAGCGAAGCCGCGGCCGAGGCGGCGGCGCGCGCGGCGGCAGAGGGCGGGGCGGCAGGGGCAGGCGGAGCGCGCGGGAUGCACGCCUGCGAGCAGCGUGGGUGGGGGCGGGCGCGCGAGCACGGCAGCAGCAGUGGGCGUCGCUGGGGGUCGCCUUUGUGGAUCUGCUCUCGCCAGACGCCGCCGACUCGCUGCUGCCCUGCGAGCGCGCAGGUGCCUCGCUGCACGUGGGCGGGCGCACGCUGGCCGUGCAACGCGUGGUGGAGCACCGGCGCGCGCCUGAGGGCCUCCUGCAUGCCGCCACUGUCCACGUGGGCUUCAUCCAACGGCCCUGCGAGCUGGCAGUGACGUGGCAGUCCAAGGCAAAGGAGUGUCGCGUGGAGUUUGACGUUCUAGACAGGAAGGUGCGAGUGUUAGUGGGAGGCGGCAUGAAGGACGUGCGCCUGCAGCACCGCCUGGAGUGGCGCAUGAGGGACGUGCGCCUCUGGGCCGCCCCCCACCGCGCCGCCGCUGCACACAGACUGUCUGCCCGCCGCCCGCCCUCGCUGCUGCUGUUGCCCACCGUUCCGCCCGCUGUGUUCUCGCGGCUGUGCGAUGACGACGUAUGGGAGUACAACCCUUCCGCGUUCCCCGAUGACAGCGACCCCUGGACCCGCACCACUGACCACCGCCUCGCACCCACCGCCCUGCCAGGGGGCGGCAGCAGAGUGGGGUGGGAGAGCGGCGAGCAGGUGAGGGAGAUAGCAGAGCGCAUGCGCACAGCGGGGCUGUGCCGCACAGCAAGGCACCUGGGCCAACCGCACCGCACAGUCAUCGCCUCGUUCUUCCGCCCGCAGCCGCCCAUCAGCAUCGCACCCUUUGUCUGCCUGCACCCCUGCUGGCCCUCCACUACCUCCGCCACCACCGCCAACACCACCAGCGCAGGCACCAGCAGCAGCAGCAGUGGCAGGACGGGUGUGCAGGCAGCCGUGCUGGCCUUCCCAGUGCUAUACGUGCUGACGCUGCUGGUGCAGGCGGGCACCAUCCCUCUCUCUGCCGUGAGCGCGCCCCUCUACAGCGCGCUGGUGCGUGAGCCUGCCCGUGCCGCUGUGGCGGUGCUGCUGGAGUUCACGCGCUUUUCCCGCCCCGAGUUCGACCCUGCGGGCGUGGACAUACGGCGUGGACAUGCGGUGUGCGCCAUGCGGCGCCAAGGCAAGCUGCCAGGGAGAGAUUCGCGGGCGGAGGAGGGAGCAGGGGGGCAAGCGAGGGGAGCGGCGUCGGAGGGAGCGAGGAUGCGGCGCCGGGAGGAGGCUGCACAAGGGCAGGGGAAGGUGGAGGAGCGACGGGAGCGGCAUGAGGAAGAGGAGGACGGGCAGGCGAGGCGGCCGCAACAGGGAGCUGAAUCAGCGGCGGAGCAGAGCAAGAGCGAGAGCAAGAGCGAGAGCGAAAGCGAGAGCGAGAGCGAGGCGUGGCCAUGGGCGCUCCCUGAGAACCAUGUGCUUGUCUCCCGGCUGCUCGUCACGCCCCUGGCGGCACUGUGCUGCCUGCCCAGCGUGGAGCUGGCGAACCGAGUGCUCUCGCACUACCGCCCGCACGCGCACCGCUUCCUGCGCGUGACCUUCACGGAGGAGGGCGUGCGGCACCUGGCGUCGUUCGCCCUCGUGGGUGCAGCUUACCGUGCGGAGGAGGCUGAGGCGGAGCACAGCGCACGCACCGACGUGUACCGGCGGAUUCUGAGGCUCGUGAACAAGGUGUGGGGGAGCAGGAGAAGAGGUUUUGGCGCAGCUGGGGAGCUUGUGGCACAGGGCUUUGAGCUGUGUGGGCGGGGCUACCGCUUCCUGGCGUCGUCGGCGUCGCAGUUGAGGGAGAAGUCGGCGUGGUUCCUCACGGAGGAGCCCCACCUGGGCCUCACUGUCACCUCCAUGCAGGCGUGGAUGGGAACCUUCACCACCAUCCGCAACGUGGCCAAGUGCGCCGCCCGCAUGGGGCAGUGCUUCUCCUCGCGCUUCACCUCGCUGCGCGCCCUCGUGCGCACCCUCCCGGACUCCCCUGGGGCUGGCAGAGGGAUGCGCUCCCAUGGGGAGGGGCGGGGGGGCGUGGCUGCGUGCGCCGUCGGCGUUUCAGAUCCGGUACGCGGGGGUGAAGGGGGUGGUGGCGGUGUGGCCACGUGGGGUGAUGCAGCGGGUGGAGGCGCAGGGGGCCAGCGGGCUCGGCACCGCACCUGCUGCUGGCGACAAGGGCAGCAGCAGCAGCAGCAGCAGCAGCAGCAACAGAAGGUGGAGGAGGAGGAGGCGGCGGUGGAUAUGUGGUUCCGCAAGGGGCAGUGUGCGGACGCGUGGUGGGCACAGGCACGGCAGGGGGGGUGGGGGGACGGGGAGGCGGGGCGUGGGAGAGCAGGAGUGGUGCACAUGUGGGUGCGGGAGAGCAUGGACAAGUUUGAGUCGCAGCACGCGCAUGUGGAGGUGGUGAACUGGAUGCGUCCGCAGGCGGGCUUUCUCAACCGCCAGAUCGUCACUCUGCUAUCCACGCUGGGCUUCCCUGACCUUGUCUUCCUUGAUAUGCAGAUGGUGAAGCGGCUGAAGGCGGCGGUGGGCAGCACGGGAACUGUGAGGCAUCUCAAAUCCCGUCCCUCCACCCACCCCUCCACGUCCCCCCACACCCCCUACCCCAUCCCCACCCCCCGCUCCCCCCCCCCCCGGGGCAGGACGAGAAGGUGGGGCGGCUGGAGGCAGCGGUGGGGCAGCGGGGAAGCGGCGCUGCAGCUGCUGGAGGAGAGCGGGGUGGACCACUUGUACGACACCGCCAUCACCAUGCUGCGCGCCGGCUUCCACCCCGCCCAGGAGCCGCACCUCAAACGCAUGAUCCAAUCCGUGCGGGCCCUGCAGCUGCAGGGACUCAUCUCGCGGGCACGCAUAUUCGUGAGGGACGGUCGCUGGCUCAUGGGCGUUGUUGAUGAGACCGGGUUGCUGCAGUAUGGGCAGUGCUUCAUCCAGGUGUGCGAUGCCACGGCCCCUACACCUGGCGCCACCUUCAGGCUGCAGAGCACAAGCUGUGGCAUGGGCCCUCCACGGGUGGUAAGAGGCCCUGUGGUGUCUGGCAAGAACCCGUGCCUGCACCAGGGGGACCUGCGGCUGCUCACGGCCGUGGACGUGCCGUGCCUGCACCACCUCAUUGACUGCCUCGUGCUGCCCAAGAACGGCCCGCACCCGCACGCCAACGAGGCGUCGGGGAGUGACAUGGACGGGGACGUGUACUUUGUCACGUGGGACCCGCGCCUGCUGCCUCCUGGAGGAGAGAGCAGUGAACCCAUGGACUACCAGCCGAACAAGAAGGACGGCGAUGCUGCCGUCACCAUGCAGGACGUGCACCGGUUCUUCGUGGACCACAUGCUGAACGACAGCGUGGGCAUCAUCUGCAACGCGCACGUGGUGCACACCGACCGCAGCCCCCUGGGCGCGUUCGACCCCGCGUGCCUCACUCUCGCCCGCCAGGCCGCGCUGGCCUUCGACUUCCCCAAGACGGGCGUGCCGGGCGUGAUGCCGCGCGACCUGCGCGUGUACGAGUACCCGGAUUUUAUGGAGAAGGACGAGCGGCAGGACACGUAUGAGUCGAGCAAGGUCCUGGGGCAGCUGUACCGCCGAGUGAAGCGCCUUGUGCUUGGGCACGAGGCCGAUGAUACCCCACGCGUGAUACCGGCCGUGGAGGAGGAAGAGGAGGAGGGGGAGGAGGGGGAGGGCAGUGACGAGGAGGUGGAGGCAGAGAUGCAGCAAGGGGGGAAUGGAGGGCGGGAGGGUGGUGGCAGGGGGUGGGAGGGCGAGGCGGACAUGAUGGCGGACCGACGCACGUGGCUGUGGUGGCCGGGGGCAGAUGAGGUGGGGCGGGCGUACCGGGCGGAUUUGAGGGCGGAGGGGUUUGAGAGGCACGUGGAGGAGGCGAGGUGGCUCAAGCUGGAGUACGACCGAUCCAUGCUGCACAUCCUACACCAGGGGCGGCGGGAGGAGGUGGUAGAGGAGCAUGUGCGCAACAUGUUCCUCUCGCUGCACCACCAUUACCACCGCCUCCUCGUGAACGGCGUGGAGGGGAGGGGGGAGGAUAACGUGGGGGCUGGAGGGGAGGAUGGCGAGGAGGGCCAUCGUGAUUCCUUCAUGGCUCCCCGCUUUCCCCAGCAGCAGCGGAGUGAUCAACGGCAGCCCGUGGGAUCACAGGAAGACUCACAUGCUGGGCAGGUGGAUCUGCAAAUGUGGCCUUAG